CCACCCUCACAGUCCACCCAGAACAGAAACAGAAGCCGGGACCGUGUGGACUGUCAGAGAGCAACCGGAACACUGUGGCACGGUGCUCAACACUCAACCACCGCCUGUGGAAUACGUUUCCAUGAAGAGGUUUUGGAUGAGCCUGUAAGAAGGGGAAAGCCUCACAGACAGACUUUGUUUCUAGAUUUUUUUUUUUUAUCACAAUCAGCCCUAAUGAAAGGAGAGUUUCUUCAAAACCCUAUUUCUACACCUGGACACUGAGAAGCUCUAACAGGGCAGUCGGGUGCAAAUGUGUAGUGCCUUGCCUUGAUCGUCUAAGAACUUUACACUUUGGCCAAGGACACUACCACUACAAGAAGCGACACUCAUUGUGGUGGUGACUGAGCUGAGCCCUGGACUCUUUGCACAUCGUCUGACUUGUCAAAGACCAUGCAGUACCUAAAGAAAUAUUUCACGGAGGGCCUUAUCCAGAUGGCCAUUCUGCUCAGCCUGAGUGGAGUGCGGGUUGACGUGGGACUGGAGCCCUACCUGCCUCCCUCCUGGCACGAGAUGAUCCUGGGUCCGACCUCUGCGCUGACCCAAACGCAGUUCCACAACCUCCGCAACCGCCUUGAAGACGGCCAAAGCCUGCACCCCAAGAGUGUGGACCUGGACGGGUUCUUCACAGCACGAAGGCUACUGGGCUGGGUCCGCUCUCUGGAUAGACUGCAGGUUCCUCAUGCAGAGCUGGAGACAUGGCUGGUCCAGCGGGAGCCAGAACCUCUCCCUGUGGUAUUUCCAGACCAGGCCUCCCCACUGGUGAGAGCACCUGCUGGGGUGGAGAGAGACCGAAUUUCCCCACCUGUGGAAUCCAGAGCUGCACUUGGUACCCUGCAGGAAGAAGAGGAGGAGGAUGAGCAGGAUAAAGAGGAAGAAACACAUCAUGUGCUGAAUCACAGUGGUGCUCUGGAUGAGAGAGGAGAGGAGGAGGAGGAGGAAGAGGAGGAGGAAGACCUGGACAGGAUGCAUAGGAGUUACAGGAGAGCAGGGGGAGGGGGAAGACCAGGAGGUUCCUACAACCACGCUAACAACGGAGAGCUAACUCAGAAUGAAGUAGACCAGACUUCUUUCUCCCUCCAGGAGUGUUUAAGGCUUUUGGAAGAAACCUUUCCCUUCACAGAAGAACAACAGUUACAUAAUGUUGGCGGUAGAGGAGAUCUGGAGUGUCAGUCCCCUGACAGGGAGCCACUAAUGCCCCCCAUCAUCCCCACCGGAAACCCAUCCUUGGACCUGGAGCUUGAAUGGCAGGACCUGUUGUCUAUCAUGGAGCCUGAGAACACAGAGGUUAACAUGAUGACUCCAUUUGACCACACCCGGAAUUCAAGAGCAACUGGGACCCUUCAUGAUGUGAGGUCUGAAGCUCUACAGCUAAACUGUAACAACCAUGACAAUGACGUAACAGAGGCUGAUCAGGAGGUCCUCAUGGAGACUCCCCAGCAGCAAGGGUCGUUUGGGCCUCCAAGCCAGUCAGAGCCAGUCCUGUUUCCACUCACCCCCAGUGCAGAUUUGGAUGACCACAGUUUAGCCUUUAACACAAUGGACACUUCGACAAACUCUAAUGUGUAUUCCUGGCACAGUCCUCCAGAUAACACAGAUCUGCUUGCAGAAGAUCCUUCAGAAGGCUUCCUGGGACUAAGUGCAGAAGAUAACUCGAGUACCUUCAACAUAAAUCUGCUAACACAAGAUCUUGUGGAUACCAUUGAAAGCAGUCCAUGUUCACAGUAUGCUCCCUACCCUGAAAACCUUCCUACCUGGGAUGUUAACUUUCAUUCAUGCAACAUGACAGCAUCCAGUUUCACCCUAUCUCCAGAGGGGAAUGGUAUGAUCCAAGACCUUCUGACGUCUCCCUCCAGUGUCUUUCUGAGUGACGAAGAGGAUGUUGAGAAUGAAAACAGUCUCCCUAGCUCACUUAGUGACCUCUUAGAGGAUGCUGCCAUCUUGGAUGAGUUUAGGUUGUUGGACCUAGCUCUGGAGGAAGGAUUCACUCCUGAGAUUGCAGCCAGGCUGGAAGAAGAGGGCUAUCUUGGCCGCGGAAUAGCCCAACAGGAAACUGGCAAAGAUGAUGAUCACUUAGGCUCUAGCACGUCAGUCACUGAAGAUCAUGUUCAACCUAGAGGACAUCAGCAAGACAGCGAGAAUGAGGCAGAAUCAGACUCUGGUCUUUCUCUGGACUUCAGCCACAGCCCUGCUUCUCCAAGUGCUUCCGAGGCAUCCUCUUAUUCCUCUUCCUCAUCCUCUUCAUCUUGUGUGUCGGAUGAGGGAAGUCCCUUCUCUGAAGAUGAGGACAAAGAUGCUGAGGAUGGGUUAGUUGGUGUGGAUAUGGAAUUGGAGGUGACCAUAAAGCAGGAGGAGCUGGAAGAGGAGGAGAUGGGGGCAGUAGGAGGAGGGUACCCUGAAGAUGUUAAGAAACAAUUCCCUCCCAACUAUGAAAAUGACAAGCUGUUUAAUGGCUUCCCUUGGCUGGAGCAUAUCGGCCACGAUCACACGUACAACCAACCCUGGCCAUCUGCCUCCUCUCCAUCCCUGGGCAAGAUGUCCACCAAACACACCAAAUCCUCCCUGCGACAUGACAGUGCCAGGCCUUACCGCAGCUCCAGACACAUCUCUGAGACCAAAAUGUGGAGCCGGGAUGAACGGCGUGCACGGGCCUUGAAAGUCCCUUUCUCCAAUGAGCUCAUUGUUAAUCUGCCAGUGGAGGAGUUUAAUGACCUAUUGGCCAAUGGCCAACUCAAUGAGGAUCAGCUUACCCUCAUCAGGGACAUACGCCGCCGUGGUAAGAACAAGAUAGCUGCCCAGAACUGCAGGCAGAGGAAAAUGGAUGUGCUGCUGGGACUGAAGGAUGAUGUGUCAGGUUUGAGGCGCUACCGCUCACGGCUGCUCCGAGAGAAACAGGAAGCCCUGAGGAAUCUGCAGGAAAUGAAGCGCCAACUGGGCAUGUUGUACCAGGAAGUCUUUUCCACUCUGAGGGAUGAGGAGGGGAGGUCACUGGAUGCUAUGGAGUACCUGCUUAAUUUUGAGCCCAAUGGUAGUGUCACAGUAGCUUCACGCCAACAAGGGGCAGCGAUGCCACUAACAAAAACCAGCAAGAAACAGAGGGACAAGAAGAAGUGAGGAGGUGAACAAGCCAUUAGAGAAUGUAGAGAGAGUAAAGCGAUUCCUUAACAGGAAUGUGAUCAAAACCACAAAAAAAAGGCAGGAAAUACGGAUGCACUGGUGAAUGAAGAAUUCUUUAUCUAGUGUCAAUGGCAGGUGCUAAAAGGUGCUGUGUUGUUCUCCAUGCUUCAAACAUUUUCUACACUGGAAACGAACUUGACUUCAACUCUAGUUAUGUUCAAACCCCUUUGAGAUAUAUCUAGGCUACUACAUAGUGGAAUUAAAACAGAUGGUAGGCCAGAUGACAUGGGAAAUGCUAGUGCCUAUGCACAGUCCUGCUUUCUCUAGUAUAAGCUCCCUCAGAGACUUGAAAACAUGACUUGAAUAAGCCAACAGAGUGAAAGCAGGCUGGAUCCUGGCUGUCAGCUACUAUAGCCAAACAACUGUGGAUGCUACAAUGACUGAGUCACCAAGGAAGGGUUGUUGGUACACAGGAAGGGAAGUUGUGGUCAUUCCCCUUGAGCUUGUAGAAGUGCAGAAUCUCACUCAAAUAUGCUUUAGCAAGCUGAAGACUUGAGUUCAUGCGGAUCAAACCUGGGUAUGUUCAGAUCCCAGACGGUGCAGUAACCACAAGCCAACCCACUGCCAAACUGUACAACGUUAUUCAAAGACAUUAGAUACCAUCUCCAGCAAAACCCUUUCAAAUUCUAACUAGAGAGGGCAUCUUGGAAUAGCAUACAUAAGUUAAAACUGACUUCAAGUCAGUUUUCCUGGAAAUUGACCAUUGUUUUGAAGAUUUCCACUUCUACCACAUGAGGACUUAGAUAAUACACAAAAAGCUCAAUUUUUUUUGUCUAUAUAAGCUAUAUUAGAAUGUGGCAACACUUUUUAGUAGGAUAUAUUCAUUGUUGCUUUUGGUCUCAGAGGAUUUGUUGAUAAUAGUAAGAACAAAAAGAUCAAAUAAUACCAGCCUUAUGCUUUAAGGUGGGUAGAUGGUCUUUGAGAACAAGGUGGGAUGAUGUGUCAUCACGCAUUGUGUCCUUCCAUGUCAUUCAGUGGCAAACACAGAAAAGUAAUGGAAAUAGGAAUAUGAAGAUUUGAUGGAUAGAGCACUUUGAACUUUCACACAUGGCCAUUCACGGCAGAAAAAUGGUAUGUCAGAUUGCAAGGGCCCUGUACCAUUUUCUUUUAAGGCUUUGUGGAUUCAUGAAUGGUGGACUGACCAGACUGCAACAAACUGACAACAGUCUGUUAAAAUAUGACUGAGGAAUGACUCCUUUUACCCAUAAGUGGUGCCUGUAUUGUUUUUUUUUCUUGUAAACUAAAAGCAUAACUGCAGUGGGUUUUACCUGUGCCUUUAACUUUUGUGUUCUCAUGUAUUUUUAACAUUCAUCUGUGAAGCUGUUGAAAUCAUAUUGUCUAUUUCACACAAGAUAGUGGGAAUCUCUAGAUUCCAACACUGAUUUAUGAAUUGUUUCAAGUUAGCAUGUCACCCUCUAGUGGUUGUGCCCAUAGCUGAAUAAGGCAGGACUCCAGAGAUUCUGAUGAAAACAUUACUACAAUGAAUUAAACAUGGCAGCAGUUUGACCUGUUGAUGCUAAGAAUUUACAAUCUGAACUAAAUUUAGCGUAAUCUAGACCGUAGAAAGUAUUAUUAUUAAUAGUCAUGUAACUAGUAGUAUUGUUAGAUUGUUUUUAGGCAAGAAUUACCAGUGUUUCACAUGGUACCUCAUUGUAGAAUCAAAUUACUAUAUGUGUAUGUGUCCCUCUCAGAUAUCUGUAUGGCAAAGAAACGCAGUGGAAUGAAAUGGUCUCUGCCAAAAUCCUGUCUUUCAAAUUUAUGAAGACCAAUUCUGAGCUUCUUACAAUGUAACACCCUGCAUGCUCAUCACUACCACUAAUGGAACAAGAUUUUAUUAGUUGUUAAGUGUUUACAUUUUGUGACUGCCCAAUGUGCUUGCUGGUAUUCAAGGACUUGGGACCUUGUCUUGUGUAAUAUUAAAAACAAAAUAAAUUGUAUUUCUUUGGA